AUGUUGCUUAAAGAAGAGUUUCCUUUAAGAACAUAUGAACUGAGAGAACAACUAAAUGCCGUUGCAGAUGCAUGCAAUAAGCUGAAGGCUAAUAAACAUUUGAAAGAAUUUCUAGCACUAGUACUUCAACUUGGAAACUUCAUAAAUGCUGGAAGCUAUGCGGGCAAUGCAGCAGGCUUUACACUCAGCACACUACCAAAGCUCCUAGAAAUAAAAGCAAACAAACCAAGGCUGACAUUCUUGCACUAUGUGGUAGAAGUUGCAGAAGCUAACAAUAAGGAAAUAUUACAAUUCACAGAAGAUAUGAGUAACAUGAAAGAAAUGGCAAGGAUAUCAGUGGAGCUGCUCCAGGAAGAAGUGAUGAAACUUAUUAGUGAUGUCAAACAUGUUGCAUCACAGCUGAAGGAAGAUACAAGUGGAAUCAGGGUGCAGUUCAAAGAUUUCUUUAAGGCUGCUUUGAAAUGCAGUAAUGAAAUUCAGCAGGCUAUGAAUAAGGUGAAGGCUUGUACUCAUGCUUUAGCCAAACAUUUCUGUGAAGAUCCUAAGAAAUUCAAGCCAGAAGAAUGUUUCCAUUUGUUUGCUGAGUUUUUUACCAUAAUUCAGAGAGUUCGACUGGAAAAUGAAGAGAAAAGGAAAUCAGAACAACAGCAAAUUCAAGACCAGAUGGAAACAAACAAACUAACUGCAAACGGAGGUAGAGGCAGAAAAAAGUUUUUACCACAUCGACAAUAUACUGCAGCUAAACAGAUUUUAAGGGAUAUUUGCAGUAAAAAUUUCAAAUUACGUCGAACUGAAGCUCAGUACUGAAAAUUUAGUGCUAUGAAGAGGAAAUUUGUACUGAAUCAUUGUGAAAUAUGACGUGUGAAUUAAUCUCAUAAGUAUGUAACUGACUUGUUCCUUCAUACCUAGGACAUGACACAUUUAAUGUCACGGCUCAGUAUCUCUUUAUUGUCAGUGGUGCUUAGUCUACUAUUUCAAUGUGUUUUGCAAACAUGACUUGUCCAUAUAUGUAAAUGGCUUUAUAAAUAAAUUUUUUUAUAAUUAAA